AUGUGCGGCAGGGUCUGCUGCACCCUAAACCCCCACCGCCUCUGCAUAAUAGCGGGUCUAGCUGCAGCAGCACAGCAGCAUCAGCAACCGCAACAGCAGCUGCAGCAUCUGCAACAGCAGCAGCAGCAGCAUCAGCAGCAGCAACAGCAGCAGCACAAACCCGAAACAGCUGAAACAAAAACGGAGACCGAAGAGCAUAAAAAGCUGCAGCAUCUGCAACAGCAGCAGCAGCAAGAGCAGCAGCAGCAGCAACAACAGCAGCAGCAAAUUAAAAAAGAGGGGAGUGUGCCCGAGGCAGCAGCGGCAGCAGCACAGGGUGUCGUAGCAGAAGCCGAAGCAGCGGAAUCAAAGGCAGCAGCAGCAGCAGCAGCAGAAGCGGCGGAAGCAGCAGCAGCAGCAGCAGCAGCAGAAGCGGCGGAAGCAGCAGCAGCAGCAGAAGCGGCAGAAGCAGCAGAAGCAGCGGCAGCAGCAGAAGCAGCAGAAGAAGAAGCAGCAGCAGCAGCAGCAGCCGAAGCAGCGGAAGAUGCAGCAGCUCUCACGGCUAAGGGAGCUGCAGCAGCGGCAUGCAGCAGCUGCUCGUUGCUUGCUGCUUCAGGGGCCCUUGAUGCUUCUCUGCUGCAGCACCCAAUAAGGUGCUUCAAUAUCCCUCCAUCGUCACGCCUGCCGGUGGUGCAGCAGCAGCAGCAGCAGCAGGGAGGCAGCAACAGCAGCAGGAGAAGCAGCAGAAGAGUUGUUGCUGCUUCGUGGGGGCUGCAGCUACACGGCAGCGACCUGUCUCCUUCUAAUGCCCGCAUUGAGACAGUACACACAAGCAGAGCGUUCAGGGGUUUGGUGAACAAGCGUAGAUGUGUGGCCGUCGUCGACGGCUUCUUCGAGUGGAAGAGACAAAAAGGAGACAGAGGGUUUAAGCAGCCUUUCUUCUAUCGAAUGAAGCACAACCUCCUGCAGCGGCCUAUCCCUUUCGGGGUAUCCAAGCAGCAGCACCUGCGAAGCUUAAAAGCAAAGCAAGAGAUCGGCAGCAGCAGCAACAGCAGCAGCAGCAGCAGCAUCGACUGCAGCGAGAACAACAGCAGCUACAGCUGCUGCAGCAACCACAGUGAUUCCCCCAGCGUGCUGGGCCCCGCAGAGGCCCCUUUGCUUCUGGGGUGUCUGUACACCGCAGCACAUCCUGAUGAUUACAGCAGCAGCAGCAGCAGCAGCAGCAGCAGCAUUUCCAUUGCAGUGGUUACGAUGGACUCCAAGGGGACACCAAUGGAAGAAGUGCACAACAGGAUGCCGCUGCUGCUGUCUCCUGAGGGAGCAGCAAUGUGGCUGGAGGAGACAGUUCCUUUUCUGGAGGUGAAGGAGACACUUGAAGAGGAGGCGAGGGCCCUAAUGCUUCACUCUGUCUCCUUUUAUCCUGUCUCCCCUUCUAUGGGGAAUGUCAGGACGCAAGGGGCUAUAUGCGUAGCUCCAGCCCCAGCAGCAGCAGCAGAAACAGCAGCAGCAGCAGCAGCAGCAGCAGCAGCAGCAGGAGGUAAGAAGAAGCAGCAAGGGAAGACUCUGCCUUUAACAGCAUACUUCGCCGCCUCAAACAAACGACAAAAAACAAAUCCUUCAUAA